UUAACGGACCAGAUUAUAAGUUCGGCCUUCUUAUGGUUCGUUCAGUUUUGUUAAUAAUUUGUAACUAAUAUUGUAUAAAGCGUAAAUAUGUCAUCAAAAUUGAGGUUGACUAUUCGUAUCUAUCAAUUUGUUCCGAUCGAGGCGGGAUAUGGAAAGAUUUGGUUUUCCAUCUGGACAAUGAUUUUGGUCGAGAAUUUAGAAUGUUUGAUACGAAUUUAAUGCAAAAUAAAAUAGCACCAAUAACAUUAUUCCAUAGAACCGAUAAAUUUUAGAAUGCAAAAUAAAAUAAAAUUAUACUAAUUAUGUUGAGUGUGAAUUGCAAAGUAUUUGAUGCAGAUUUUCACUCUCUCGCUCUCUUCAAUUAUAACCUACCAAAUCACUUUUCCAUCUUCUUCACUCACAAACGGCGGACGAACUAGGGUUCGAUUGUAGGUUCUGAUUUCAGCGAUGGCCGGUAAAUGGUGAGGACGAAGAAUGCAACGGCGGCGCGAGGCAAAAGCAAAGAAGUGAGUAAAGAUAAACAAAUCCAUGAGAAUCCCAAAACUGGAGUUACGAACUGCCAAACAACUAAAGUUCAUACGAAGAACAAGGGAAAAGGUGUGUUGCAAAGUUUUGGAUCCGAAGCUGAUGUGACGAAUUUUGAAGGUGUUGCAGCCAAUGCUCGUAAGAGGAAAGCAAAUGAAAUCGGCAGCUCGUCAGGUGAUAUACCAAUGCAGCAGCCCGAAUCAUCGUGUUUGAUGUGCCACUGUCGCCUGUCGCCAUGGCGAAAAAAAUUUGUAAAGAAAAACGCCAGGCUGCUUUAGAGAACUACAAACAGUUGCAAGUUCGGCUUGCUGAGGACUACCCAUCUCUUUUCACUAGAAGCGCCCCAUGUGUCCUGUAUAAGGUUGUCAGCGAGAUGAGUGAUCUUCAACACUUUGUUGUUGCGCAGAUGGGUUUCGAUCAUCUGUUGGAACUAUUAGGUAAGGAUAUGCCGGGGAAGCUUAACUACUGGUUGUUAGAUCGAUUCAAUUAUAAGAGGUGUGAGAUUCAACUUUCGUGCGGGACCAAAAUACCAGUCACUGCAGACGAUGUUCAUAGGGUAUUUGGGUUCCCCAACGGGGGGAAGGAGAUGCCACUGCUAAACAGGGAUGAUACUACUGCGCUGUUGGAGCAAUGGAGGGCAUUCUUUCCAAACACAAAUCCGAGGAACAUUAAGAUAAACGAGAUUAAAGAUGUCAUGCUUUCAUGUGAAGACGGAGGGAGGUGGUUCAAUAUACAUUUCAUGGUGGUGGUUGCGCACUGCCUUAUCGAAAGCACAUCUAAUGGGUGCAUAUUUCCAAGAAUAAUUGGUUGCCUUGAAGAUCUGGAAACAGUUAGAGAUUGGAAUUGGUGUGAGUAUGUAAUUGAUUCGUUGAUUCGGAACAAGAAGGACUGGGAGAUUAAUACGGCUUAGUAUUACGUUGGACCCACAUUAUUCCUGACGGUGAGUAUGUCGUUACAUGUUAAUGUUACGUGUUGCAUUAAUCGAUUGACAAGAAUUUAAGUAAUUUCUUGUGCGUGAUAUGAUUUUUAAAAUGUGUUAAAUUUUGAUGGCAUGUGUUUUAUGUAGAUAGGGUUCGUUGGGCAAACAAUAAGAUUUGCAGGAAAUUUCCAUUAUUUAUGAAUUGGGAUUCAAAGAAAUUGCGUGACAGGGAAACGAAUGAGAUUGCAUCCGAUUUAUUUG